UCACUCCAGUAUUUGUUCCUGGAACUGACACACCACAUCAUCAUACACAAACGUCUUCACUGUCAGGCAACGCCGAGAGCAAAAAGCUUCUGUCAUACGGCAUGUUCCUCACAAAAUGACAUUGUAUGACAACAUCACUAUUCUUCUAGUAGCUAGUUUUCAGGGCUAGUUGACUUGAGCAGUGAUACGAGUGAUCUGUAUUCUUGGUACUUUUUCUUGCUACUUUUUCUUGCUACUUUUUCUUGCUAUUUUUUACCCCAACCGACCCACAAUGACGAGAGGAAUUGGCAUCCAGCGAGCAGUGGUGUUGUUUUCCUUACUGGCGCCUGCAACGAGUUUCUUGCAUUAUCGACCACAGCAAGGACAGCGGUCGUGUCGGGUUGUACCCCCACAGGCAGUUUUUUCAGAGGAUAAUGAGUUUGGCGGCAGGUUCAGCAUGGAAUCACUGCGAUCUCGCCAGGCACAGCUGGAAUCUGCCAAGUUUUCUCAAGAAAAGAAAUGGCGUGAUGCAGACUGCGAAUCUGGAGUGAGGGUGUCCCUGACGGACUGGGUGAGACGGCUCGAUGUUCAGUACCCUCUGGCAGCCUGUGGGACUUCCUCGAGUACCAUCUACCUUUGUCAUUUGGAAACAGGAGAAAUUCUAGCUAAAGGAGCACGGCGUCCCGACACGGCGAAUGAAAUUGAAAAUCUCGACAAAGCCUUGUACCACAUGUAUGGAGAAUAUGAUGGCGGAGGCACUGUUGCCAUUGCCUUCCACGAAGACUUGAUUUGUGAGGCUAGUCGAGAUGGUAGCGUCCAUUUUUGGCGCUUGGAUGCUGGAUCCGCAAGGCUAGUUUAUCAGGGAGCAAUGAAAGCGCUGGAAGGAACUUUUGUUACGGAUUUGAAACUGGACGAUGAAUUUCUGUGGGUAGCAAGUGCCGAUGGAAAACUUCGGGCCUUUCCACUCGAUAGCAACAUGCCACUGGCACUACAAACUCAACCAGAACUGGAGUGGCAGUUUUCAUCAAUGCUCAUCUCCCUGUCUUUGACGCCUGAUAUUGGCUGUGGAGUGGUGACCACAGUAGGUGGCACAGUGGAACUGAUUUCUCUAGAGAACGACGGUCGAUCUCUCUGCUCUUUCUACCCACCCUACGACGAUGACGACGAGGAGCACACUUCAGUUCAUGCCAUGUGUGCUCAACUUGUCGCCCAUGAAGAGGACGAGGAUGGGGAGCUGCGAUACUCCAUUGCAGUUGGAGGCAAUGAUGGGAGUCUGAUUCUGCAACCCAUUCAACUGGACGAGGAUGGAGAAGUCGACGAAUACAGGCCGUUUAUGGGAUCGCUUCGUAGAUUCAAGCCCCGUCACAAAGGCCCUGUGAAGUGCGUUGCUAAUCCAAUUCCUGGAAUGUUGAUCUCAGCAAGUGAAGACGGCAGCAUGCGUGUUUGGGACAUUGAGCAAGCUCAUUGUCUUUACCAGUUUGUCGGCUACAAAGUUUGGAUGGGAAGUUUGUGGACCGACGGUUCGCGCAUUGUCUCUGACGGCAGUGACAAUACAAUUAUUGUACACGACUUUAAGAAACAGGCAGGCACUGUGGACAUGGAAGAGGACGACAUGGAAGAGGACAGCUGGAGUUAGAGGAAACAGGUGUGAAGGGUAGCUACGAGGUGGCGUCGAUUUUGCUCUACGGUAGACUUGGAGAUGGACAUUCAAACAUCUUUGUACAAAGAUUUAGUUUGUACAUAGUUUCAAUAAUCGCAUAGUAUAUCGUUAUUUAUUUG